GAGGCGUGGUGGGGGCGUGGCGGGGGCGUGGCGGGUGGCGCGCGGCGGCAGGGGCGCGCGGCGGCGGCGCCAUGUCGAUGGAGGACCCCUUCUUUGUGGUGAAGGGGGAGGUGCAGAAAGCUGUGAACACUGCCCAGGGGCUCUUCCAGCGGUGGACAGAGCUCUUGCAAGAUCCCUCCAUCGCCACAAGAGAAGAAAUUGACUGGACCACUAAUGAGCUCAGGAAUAACCUGCGGAGCAUUGAGUGGGACCUGGAAGACUUGGAUGAAACAAUUAGCAUUGUUGAGGCAAACCCACGGAAAUUCAACCUCGAUGCGACAGAGCUGGGUAUCAGGAAAGCCUUCAUCACAAGCACGCGGCAGGUGGUCAGGGAAAUGAAGGAUCAGAUGUCAAACUCCUCCGUGCAAGCCCUGGCUGAAAGAAAAAACAGACAGGCACUCCUGGGAGAAAGUGGGAGUCAGAGUUGGAGCUCUGGACCUGACAAAUACAGCCGUCUGGACCGGGAGCUGCAAUUAGCAAAUUCACACUUCAUUGAGGAGCAGCAAGCUCAACAACAGUUGAUUGUGGAGCAGCAAGAUGAGCAGUUGGAGCUGGUCUCUGGCAGCAUCGGGGUGCUGAAGAACAUGUCCCAGCGCAUUGGAGGGGAGCUGGAGGAGCAAGCAGUGAUGCUGGAUGACUUCUCCCACGAGUUAGACAGCACUCAGUCACGGCUUGAUAAUGUCAUGAAGAAGCUCGCCAAAGUGUCUCACAUGACAAGUGAGAUCCCUGGCAAGAAAACCCACACCCAGCUCUCAACUUUCUCCUUUGAGGACUGUGCCUCGGCUCCGACGGUGUCUAACCUGGCCCUGGGGAGAGGGGGUGGAGGACUGGAGCUGCCUCUUUCCCUGGUGUGGUGUGACGUGGACCUGGGCUCCAGGUCUGGACCGAGGCAGCUGGAGGGGAACCUGACCCCCGCGCCUCUGCCCCGUGCAGAGCACCUCGUUUCUUUUGGUUAUGCUGCAAGAAAUACGGGGUGUCUCCUUUCCAAGCUGGUUGUCACAGCGUCUGCCCAGCUCCUUGGGCUUAAUACCUCUCCAAGAGCAGGUUCCUCGGAGCACAAGUUCAACCAGGGAGCGGGGCUCGCCGUUGGCCGGUAUUUACACACCUCUGACCCCCACGUUAUUUUCAGUGUGGUUGUGCAUCCUCCAGGAAUGUCUCCCAGUGCUCGGUGCGGGACCGCUCCUUCGUUAGUCCCGUGUGCUGCCGGAGGGUGGCCCAGCUGCUGGCAUCACUGCAAGCCACCAAACUGUCUUCGGUCCUUUUCCUGUGUACAUUUGCUCUUUCUGUUGUUGGUGGUGCCCCUCCCUUUAACUAAAUAAAUGCAUUGCUGCUGCACCACGCUGGGCAGCAGCGGGGAUCAAUG